AUGAGUGUACGUCCCUCCACGUCAACUCAGUUCAACGAGGUCAACUCGACCUUUGCCGCCGACUGCGAGGCGCUGGAAAAGUCCAUCAAGAAAUUGAAAACGCGGGCUUCAGCUGCCGGUCAGUCAGACUCGUCAGCUCCGUCAAGUUCGCAAUGCUGCAACCGACGCUCUUCCGUGCCUAGCGCGCUUACCACGGACGAGACUCGUCUUGCCAAUCGAGCCAAGGAUCUAAGAACUAUGACUGAAAAGAGAUUCUCGGAAGUCAUCCAAGGGUGGAAAAGGCAAAACGAACAGCUUGAACAGGAGCUCGAAAUGUACAAAUCUCAGCAAAGAGUUGCCACAGAUCGAGUCAACAAACGAAAUGCUGAAAUAAAGACUCUCCGGGAGGAAAAUGAAAAAUUAGUGACACUUGUGCGACAGUGCGAGGAGCGAAUAAACAAGCUUCAUGAUGUGAAGCAGCGCGAAAUCAAGGAGCGACAGCGCGCUGAUCGUCUUGCUGACCAGCUUUUUGAGCAUAAGGCAAUGCUCAAUGAUCUCCAAGUCCAGUUGAAGGAGGCUGAAACGUUGCUUCAAGCAACUAAAGAGGAACGCGAUCAUCUGUCGAUCGAAAACAGCGAGUUGCGUAAAACGAACACUGUUCUUCGACAGCGAUUGGAAACCGCCGAGCGAGACACGAAAGAAACAAAACUUGAGCUCGAGAUGAUCGAAGACAUGGUACAGUCAAUCAAUGAACGAAGUUAUAUGAACCAGCAGUGCCAGAUGCACGCAAUGUCAGAGCCCAUCCACGUGGCACCAAAGAAAUCAUUGUCCGCUCUGACUGCUUUGCGCCAACUCCAGGAACACCACCAAUCAGGAAUGAACUCACUCGACGGCGCCGUCAGAAAAUUGAAACAAUCUGAGAAAGACAAGACUCUUGAGCUUGAGCGACUUCGAGGCUCCUUCAAUUAA